UGGUUUCCUCUUCAUGAGUGGAGAAGGGAAAAGUUGUGAGGAAUAGUUGUGGAUUUUGGCGCUGCAGAAUUUGGAUAAGAUUUGUGGAAAAGGGGAGCGAGGAGUGUCACAUUACUUCUCUGAUCGACGCGUAAAACUGUGCGUAAAAAGACAAUAUUCUGCAUUUUAGUGGCAACAACCUCGUCUUCAUGGACUGGAAUUAAGUGCAACAUCUGCACGCAUCUGUUUAAGUCACCUUGUGUAAUCUAUUCGACGAAAACACCUCCAUCCAGUCUGACCUCCUGCGUUUUGUCGCGACACCGGACUGAGUUGUUACAGGUGGUUUUCACUGAGCGCUUCACUUUGGCGCCGUCUGGACCUUUAUUGUUCGGAUAAAUGAGCCACACAGGUCAUUCUAUACGGACUUGGGUCUGAAAUGAGGGCGCACUUUGCGUUCAUUUUUUGAUUUUUUUGUACAACAGUUUGCAAGAAAGGGGCGUAAAGCCACAAGGUCUGCUUAAAUGAUAAGCUCGGUGUGUGUUUCGUCUUACCGAGGGCGAAAGUCAGGCAACAAACCUCCGUCCAAAUCAUGUCUGAAGGAGGAGAUGUCCAGAGGGGAAGAGUCGGACAAAAUUAUCAUCAACGUGGGCGGCACUCGACAUGAAACCUACAAGAGCACCCUGAGGACCCUGCCGGGGACGCGCCUGGCGUGGCUGGCGGACCCGGACCCGCAGGUCAGCUCCGACUCGGACGCUGCGCCCCCGAGCGCCACAGAGUUCUUCUUCGACAGACACCCGGGCAUCUUCGCCUACGUGCUCAACUAUUACCGGACCGGCAAGCUGCACUGCCCGGCCGAUGUCUGCGGGCCGCUCUUCGAGGAGGAGCUGGCGUUUUGGGGGAUAGACGAGACCGACGUGGAGCCGUGCUGCUGGAUGACCUACCGGCAGCACCGGGACGCGGAGGAGGCCUUGGAGAUAUUUGAGCCGCCGGAGCCGGAGGACACCGACGACGACAGAGAGAUGCCGAGACGGUUCGGCAUCGAGGACUGUCCUGACAGGUCAAGGGGCUGCUGCGAAGUUUGGCAACCGAAGGUGUGGGCCCUGUUCGACGACCCCUACUCGUCUAAAGCGGCCAGGGGAGUUGCACUGGCCUCUCUCUUCUUCAUCCUGGUGUCCAUCACCACCUUCUGCCUGGAGACCCACGAAGCCUUCAACGAACUGCAAAGCUGGACAGAGCUGGUCGUCACGGACAACGUCACACGCGAGGUGGAGAGGACGGAGAUGGUGACCAAACCAAUCCUCACGCUGGUGGAGGGCAUCUGUGUCGUCUGGUUCACGUUUGAAUUCCUGGUGCGAAUCAUCUGCUGCGCGGACAAAAUCGUCUUCAUCAAGAACACCCUCAACAUCAUUGACUUUGUGGCCAUUCUGCCGUUCUACCUGGAGAUGGGCCUAAAAGGACUUUCAUCCAAAGCUGCCAGUGACGUGCUGGGCUUCCUCCGCGUGGUGAGGUUUGUUCGAAUCCUCCGGAUCUUCAAGUUGACCCGACACUUCGUUGGCCUUCGUGUUCUGGGUCACACGCUGAGGGCCAGUGUCAACGAAUUCCUCCUCCUCAUCAUCUUCUUGGCUUUGGGUGUUCUUAUCUUCGCCACCAUGAUUUACUACGCUGAGCGAAUCGGAGCCAAACCCGACGACCCCACUGGCUCCAACCACACACACUUCAAGAACAUCCCCAUCAGCUUCUGGUGGGCCGUGGUCACCAUGACGACGCUGGGCUACGGUGACAUGUAUCCGCAGACGUGGCUGGGAAUGAUGGUGGGGGCCUUGUGCGCGCUGGCCGGCGUGCUGACCAUCGCCAUGCCGGUUCCCGUCAUCGUCAAUAACUUUGGGAUGUACUAUUCGCUGGCGAUGGCCAAACAGAAGCUGCCAAAAAAGAAGAAGAAGCACAACCCGAACCCAGACGUUCCGACUGACUCGAUCUCGUUCGGGAAGUCCGAAACAAACUCACACAGAGACAGCACGCAGAGCGACACGUUUCCCCUGGCUGCUGAGGAGAGCAUCGGCAGGAACCGCUCAGACUCCAAACAGAACGGAGAUGCAAAUGUGGCCCUUUCAGAGGAGGAAGGCUGCAGCCUGACCCAGCCGCUGUCCCCCAGUGAAAAGUGGUCCUUGCGGUGCUCUAGAGGGCGAGACAAGAAUAAGAAAGAGGGCACCUGCUUCCUGCUAACCUCCGGAGACCCCAACGUCCACACUGAGAGCUGCAAAGACAUCCUCGCCGCCACUGGGAGCUACGCUCAGCCGGAGGUCACCACUCUGACCAGAUGCUGAUCGGCUGUGAAAAGGAGAAGGAGCACCAAGAGUUUCACGGCAGCAUUUCAUUUUUUUCCUUCCUGAACGAACUGCAGACCGGUUUCUUUUGAAAUCAGGAUGAGAUUUUCUUUUGUCGCCUCGUACAUCCAAAAAAACCCAAACCCUCUUGCAUAGCGGACUCAUCGUAUGUGUAUACUCAUUUACAUGUUCAAAGCAUUUCUGCAUGUAUUGCAUGAUCAAGGACUGUGUGACGUACUACUAAAAACUGGCUGCCGUUCUUAUCAUUUAGUGGACAUGUUGUCGAUUGUCUCAAAGGCCCUUAAGGCACCUUAUGUUAUGUUCAUUUAAUCACUCUUCUAUAAUAGAAAUUGUGGAUUUUUCUCCUUUUUUUAUUUUUUUUGAAGGGGCGGGGCUUAGUUUGGAACACAUGAUGUCACACACUUCAGUGCAUCAGUCAGGUUUUAGCAACAUGUGACUCAGAUCUUUGUUCCUAGUCAAUUAAAUCUAAUUGAACCACCUCUGCUCAGCGCUCAUGACGCAUAUAAGCAGAGUUGUGGGGUCUUAAACUCUCAAUAAAGAUGUCAACUUUGAGCAGAUGUGAAUGUUACAGAACAAGACUUCAGAUUUAGUCAGAGGUGAGUCAUCAUUUUUGCUCAUAAGAUUUGUUGUGAGAUUCUUGUCCUUUUUUUUUUUUUUUCUUUUUUGAACUCAAACACACAUCAUUUGGAUUAAUGUCUACAGUAAAUGCCCCCCGAAGCCACAAACUUGUGAAUAUGGGUUUAUACAGCAACUGUGAAAUAGGAUGAAAUAGAUGAAAACUUGAAUUCAUUGUUUCAUCAUCCGGUCUCUCUCUUUCGCCUUCUGUCGUGUCACUGCUUUUUAAAACACUGACCACGGGGGGAAAACGUACAGACAUUUUGUCGAGACACAGCGUGAUGUAAAUUCUGCUCAGGCAACGUUGUUUGUAAAUCCUUGUACAAUAAGAGAGUUUAACAAAAGAAGAAAGGAAAAAAAAAAUCAAUGGAGCAGUAUUGUCUGUCUUAUUACAUUAGCUGUAUACAACCGAUGCAUCAUUACUGGUUGAGUCAGGACCAAAUGUAGGCUCUAUUAGAUUACAUGGUGGAUUUUCAGUACGCGUUAGUAAAAAUACAUACAGUACAAUGCCAUCAGUUCCACUUGUGCCUCAUGUUGAGUAAUGGAGUUUAAAUGUGUGCAGUAAUGUAAUUGGAUUUGUUCCUCGACACUUCUGUUGGAGCGGAGGGAAGAAGCGGGAGGAGUGUGGUUUCUUUUUGCUCGUAGAAUAUAUUCCUCACGGUCUGCCAUAGUGGCCUUAUGUUGAAUAAACGAAGGGGAGGUUCAUUUUAACGUCAUUAGAACUAUUUCUGUAGAAGCACAGCUGUAUGUAUGUAGCACAGUACAAUAUCGUAGAUCCCUGAACUCCUUUUUUUUCUGUAUAUGACACGUGUAUGCACCCAGAAAUAGCUGUUAAUCGACUACGGAAGACUUUUAUUUUGAUAUUUCACCUUUAUAGCCUCAUUUCUUGUUUCCCCCUCGUUGUAUAUACUCAAAUGUGACGGACAAGCACACGGUAAAUCAGUUUAAUAUUCCCCCAUUAUGGAUUGUAUAGAUGGAUUUUAACUGUCAGAUGUUACGUGAGUGUGUGUGAGUGAGUGUGUGUGUGUGAUGUUGUAUCAUAUAGGCAUGUGUUUCUAUGCAGAAAGACGAAUAAAAUCCAUUUCUUCCCCUCCCCCUCUCCCCGGUGUUGAAGAUAAGUUGAUUCAAGUCAUUUAAGUACACUCUGCCUUUUAUCAUCAUUCACAGAUUGCAUUGUGGAAUCUGCAGGUUUUCUUUUUUUUUUCUUUGCAGCUACUGUACAGCUAUUUAUAAACCAACCAGCAGACUGCACUUGUGUAGUCUGCUGGUUCAAAGCGGUGCAACGGCAGUCGCAGCUGCUCCUCCUGCGCCUCCGUGAUUAUGUACCGAAGGUGUAGAUGACAUACAGAACACAUCUCCAUGGAGAUUUGGGAUGACAGGCAACACUAAUUACUGCUGAGCUGCCUCCAUCUCCCCGCUCCCUCUGUUUGUCACAUGCAACGACACACCGCUUUCACUCACAAUCUCCACAGACGCUCAGUCACCUCGGUGCAUCUUUUGCUUGAUGUUUAGGGAGAUCUUGUGCACUGUGGUGAUGAAGGGGAAAAAAACAGGGUGGGGUGGGGAUGCAAGGUGUCAUCACGUGUUCAUUCAAAAACACACUUUGUUUGAGCAGAGUUCAGACAAGAUGAAGAAGAUGCUUUUAUUCUGUGUUUCUGUAAUGUUUGAGUGAGGAUGCACGGAUAGAAACGUUCAGCUCAUCUCCCACAAAUUGGCAACUCAUAUAAUUCAUAAGCAUAACUUGAGAUGUUUACAGGUGUACUUCUGUGCAUGUGUCAAGAUCUCAAGAAUGAAUGUGACUGAAAUACAUCUUCAUGCAUUAAUCAUGUGUUUUGCAGCUGAAUUUUACUUAAACCUUCGUAAUAAAUGGCAUGUAUUUCCUCUGGAGGAAUCUAGUUUCACAUACAGUUUGGAAUUUUGUUCUCGAGGUUUUGAACAAUUACCUUCAAGCACUAAUAUUAUUAUUAAUGCUAAACUUAUUGUUUAAUGUACUGUUACAAAUGAGAGAUGACCUUUCUGUGGCUGUUUGUGCAUCAUGUAUGAUUGCUGUGUCUCUUGUUCAAAUUGUGUUGAAUCAAAAAGCACAAAAUAAAGUUCUUAAAAGUG